AUGGCGGCGCGCCGGGGACGCAGAGACGGAGUCGCGUCGUCCCCGGCUGGGGGCCCUGGUCCGGACCCCGGCGGUGGAGUCCGCAGUAGCGGUUGGAGCAGUCGAAGCCCAGCGCCGUACGGGACCGUGGGCGCUGUGAGCGGUGGAGAGCAGAUGUUGCUGCAUGAGGAGGUGGAUGACUCUGGCUUUGUCAAUCUUUCUCGGCUGGGCCCCUCUCUGAGGGACAAGGACCUAGAGAUGGAAGAGCUGAUGCUGCAGGAUGAGACACUGCUGGGGACCAUGCAGAGCUACAUGGAUGCCUCCCUCAUCUCCCUCAUUGAGGACUUUGGCAGCCUUGGAGAGCAGAGCAAGUUAUCGCUGGAGGACCAGAAUGAAGUGUCACUGCUGACAGCUCUGACAGAGAUCUUGGACAAUGCGGAUUCUGAGAAUCUGUCUCCGUUUGACAGCAUUCCUGACUCGGAGCUGCUUGUGUCACCUCGGGAAGGCUCCUCUCUGCACAAACUGCUCACUCUCUCUCGGACACCUCCAGAACGUGACCUCAUCACCCCAGGAGACUCACUGGGGUCUGGCACAGGCAGCAGUAGAGUGAAUGGGGUUGAGAUGUCUCUUACAGAUCCCUCUUGGGAUUUCUCCCCACCUUCCUUCUUAGACACGUCUUCCCCCAAGCUUCCUAGCUGGAGACCGCCAAGGUCAAGACUACGGUGGGGCCAAUCUCCUCCUCCCCAGCAGCGUAGUGAUGGAGAAGAGGAGGAGGAGGCAGUUAGCUUUAGCAACCAGAUGCUUCCUGGGGAGCUCACCAACUUAGCGAGCAAUGUCCCGGACUUCCCUAUGCACUUGGCCUCUCCCGAGGAGGAAGACGAAGUGUCAGCAGCAGAAAUGGCAGAGCCAGUGGCUGGCGAUGAGAGCAUCUCCUCCCUGAGUGAGCUGGUGCGUGCCAUGCACCCGUACUGUCUGCCCACACUCACCCACAUGGCAUCACUAGAAGAUGAGCUUCAGGAGCAGCCUGAGGAUUUGACGCUGCCUGAGGGUUGUGUGGUGCUGGAGAUCGUGGGCCAGGCAGCCACAGCUGGUGACGACCUGGAGAUCCCAGUGGUGGUGCGGCAGAUCCCUCCUGGACCUCAGCCUGUGCUCUUGAAUGACACGCUUGAAGAGAGUCCUGCCUUGCAGCUGCUCAUGCCCACUUUGGAGUCAGAAGCAGAAACAGCUGUACCUAAAGUUGCCCUCUGUCCUGAGAAAGACGGCUUGUCACUGGAUUCUGAGAAGCUGGACUCAGCCUGCUUGUUGGAGCCCAGUGAGGUCAUGGAACCCAAGGGGCAGAAAUCACCUACUAAUUCAGUCCUAGGUUCCCAGAGAACACGGAAGGUCAGGAAGAAGAAGAGCAAGGAGCAGCCAGCAGCUGGUUCAGAAAGCUGUUCCAGAAGGCUGAGGUCAUCAAGUCGUGUUCAGUGUUCCAUGGCUGUAGAAGGGACCUCUCAGGCUGGCAACCUGCUGAAAAAGCCUCAGGAGGAACUUCAGAGAGAGAGUGGGCCACCUCAGGGUAGGGGAAAGCCCCGGGCUUGGGCUAGGGCCUGGGCAGCAGCCUUAGAAAAGCCUCACUCUGGAAAUCUGGAGCAGAGUGCUGGACGGGCUAGUCCUGCAGAAGAUCCUCUAGACAUUUACUCCAAGCUGGUUGAUGCUGUCCAAGCCAGUCCUGCCCCAGCCCAUCUCUUCCUGGCAGACUCUGAAGAAUCUGGGCCCCCUGCAGGUGACCCUGUGUCUGUGGACCCUGUGUUGGUUGAACCUCUCCUCGCAUCAGACCCAGUGCAGAUUGGUCCUGUCCUGUCUGGCUCUGCAGCAAUUGACACCGCAGUGGCUGUUCCUGUCUCCAAUAAUGUGCCAUCAGUCAGUACUGUAGUAGCUGAUCCAGAGCCAGUCGUCAACCCUGCACCAGUUGACUCUGUUUCCCGUGACCUGGCCCAAGGUAACCCUGUGCCAAUUAAAUCUAGACCGACUGACCCCAGACGUGCUGCAGUAGCAUCAGCCCGGGCGAGUCCAGUUCUCCACCUUCCAGAGUCAGGAUGUUCAGAUGCUCCAAAGACUGUCAACCCUGAAAUCAAAGAAGUUGUGGAUCCUUUGAAGGUGGAAAGUGGUACCAGUACCACAACCCAGGAAGCCAGACCUCGGCCUCUCAGCCUGUCUGAGUACCGGCGCCGACGGCAACAACGUCAAGCAGAGACAGAAGAGAGGAGUUCCCAGCCCCCAGCUGGGAAGUGGCCCAGCCUCCCAGAGACCCCUACAGGGCUGGCAGACAUCCCUUGUCUUAUUGUACCACCAGCUCCAGCCAAGAAGACAGCCUUGCAGAGAAAUCCUGAACUUCCCCCUGAGAGUGGCUUUGUGCCUAUGGGUCCCAGUCCUGCUUCUACUAGUCCCGAGCCACCAGCAGGCAAACCUAUGGCCUCAAUUCCUCCUGAGCAAGUGUCAUCCCAGGAGAUGCCUCUUCUGGCCAGGCUUCCCCCUCCACCUGCACAGUCUGUGUCCUCUGUUGGGCCCAUGCCUCCCCCUAUGCCCACUGCUCUGCCUUUUCCCCCAGGUGGGCUGGGCAUGCCCCCUAUGCUGCCUCCACCCACAGGUGGGCAUGGGGCUCCCAGUCUGCUGCCACCGCCACCUCCAAUGCAGCCUGCUGGUCUCCCAGUGUCUGUGGGGCCAGUGCCACCUGAUCCCUAUCCUCACUAUGCUUCUGUGUCUCCCUGGCCUUGUUAUCCCCCUUCUGGCUAUCCUUGCCUGCCUCCCCCACCAGCAAUGCCCCUUGUGUCUGGUACUCCUGGCACCUAUGCUGUGCCCCCUGCUUGUAAUGUGCCUUGGGUACCCCCUCCUGCUCCAGUGUCUCCUUACAAUUCCACCUGUACCUAUGGUCCAAUGGGGUGGGGCCCAGGGCCACAACAUCCUUCAUUCUGGUCUGCUGUUCCCCCACCUCCUUUACCUCCAGCAUCUGUUGGGAGAGCUGCUCCACCACCCAAGGUGGAGCCCAGUGGUAUUCCAGCUGGCCCUCCUGAAAAUGUACCUUCCAUGCCUGUGGCUCCUUCCCUUGCUAUUGAAUCACCUGGCCAUGGAGCUCCACAGAUUGAGCUCACCAAGGCAGAGAAGGCAGAGGUCAAACCUGUACCUGCAUCUCCUCAACCAAAACAUAAAGGGUCCCCCAUGGGGCAGAGCCCCCGUGGUAAGGCUCCCCCUUGUCCACCCGCUGAGGGACUGGCUGUUGAUCCUGUCUUAGAGAAGCCACAGCCUGAGCCCCAGGAGAGCAGGCCCAGGGAGAAGCCCCCAUCUCCUGCCACCAAGCCUGCUCCUACAUCAAGGCAGAGCUCUGUACCCAAGCUACCUGCUGUCCACCCAGCCCGUCUAAGGAAGCUGUCCUUCCUGCCUGCCCCACGUGCCCAGGCUCCUGAGGAUGUAGUGCAGGCUUUCAUCAGUGAGAUUGGGAUUGAGGCAUCGGAUCUGUCCAGUCUGCUGGAGCAGUUUGAGAAAUCAGAAGCCAAAAAGGAGUGUCCUCCCCCGGCUCCUGCUGACAGCUUGGCUGUAGGAAACUCAGGCAGCGUUGACACUCCCCAGGAGAAGAGGCCCCUAGACCGGUUACAAGCCCCAGAACUGGCCAACGUGGCAGGGCUCACCCCUCCAGCCACCCCUCCCCACCAGUUAUGGAAGCCCCUGGCUGCUGUCUCACUGCUGGCCAAAGCCAAAUCUCCUAAGUCUACCGCCCAGGAGGGAACCCUGAAGCCUGAAGGAGUUACAGAGGCCAAACAUCCAGCUGCAGCCUGCCUCCAAGACGGGGUUCAUGGUCCUAGUCCUGUCCACGUGGGCUCUGGGGACCAUGACUAUUGUGUCCGGAGCAGGACCCCCCCAAAAAAGAUGCCUGCCCUAGUUGUUCCAGAGGUGGGCUCCCGAUGGAAUGUCAAACGCCAUCAGGAUAUCACCAUCAAACCUGUCUUGUCCUUGGGCCCAGCCGCUCCUCAGCCCCCAUGCACAGUGGCCUCCCAGGAGCCACUGGAUCACAGGACUAGCAAUGAGCAGGCAGAUCUCUCAGCACCUUGCCUUGCCCCAUCUGCCUUGCUGUCCCCUGAGGCCUCACCCUGCCGAAAUGACAUGAACACUAGGACUGUCCCAGAGCCUUCAACCAAGCAGCGAGCAGUGCGCUGCUACCGCAAACCCUGCAGGUCAGCCAGUCCCCCAGACCGGGGGUGGCAAGGCCGCCGUGGCCGCAGCAGCCGCUCUGUCAGCUCUGGGUCCAACCGGACCAGCGAAGCAUCUUCCUCUUCAUCCUCAUCGUCGUCUUCCUCAUCCCGAUCCCGGUCCCGGUCCCUCUCCCCCCCACACAAGAGGUGGCGAAGGUCCAGCUGCAGUUCCUCUGGGAGAUCCCGAAGAUGCUCUUCCUCUUCUUCAUCUUCCUCCUCUUCUUCGUCCUCCUCAUCCAGUUCCCGAAGUCGCUCCCGCUCCCCAUCCCCUCAUCGGAGAAGUGACCGGAGGCGGCGGUACAGCUCUUACCGAUCACAUGACCAUUACCAAAGGCAGAGAGUGUUGCAGAAGGAGCGUGCAAUAGAAGAGAGAAGGGUGGUCUUCAUUGGAAAGAUACCUGGCCGUAUGACUCGGUCAGAGCUGAAACAGAGAUUCUCUGUGUUUGGAGAGAUUGAGGAGUGCACCAUCCACUUCCGGGUUCAAGGUGACAACUAUGGCUUCGUCACUUACCGCUAUGCUGAGGAGGCCUUUGCAGCUAUUGAGAACGGCCACAAGCUGCGCCAGGCAGAUGAACAGCCUUUUGAUCUGUGCUUUGGGGGCCGCAGGCAGUUCUGCAAGAGGAGCUAUUCUGAUCUUGACUCCAACCGGGAAGACUUUGAUCCUGCUCCUGUAAAGAGCAAAUUUGAUUCUCUUGAUUUUGACACCUUGUUGAAACAGGCCCAGAAGAACCUCAGGAGGUAACCCUGGGCCCUUCCCCCGUCCCUUUUUCUUUGGAGGUGCCCAACCUCCUCCACCCCCCUCCCCUACUCCAGGGGAGAGAGCUGCUAGUGAGGAGAUGACUGUUUUAUAAAGAAAUGGAAAAAAGUGAAAUAAAAAUGUGUUAAAUCA